UACACACUUAAAAACACGCAACUUGCAACGUUUUUUUCUUCUUCUAUAUUUUGUCUUUUUUUUUUUUUAAUAUCUGCAACUAUAUUUACAUCAAAUACUGCACCCAAAUUAUAAAAAAAAACUACAACAGCAUAUAAUAAUGAACACGAUGAAACUGAAUUGUAUACAAACCCAGCAAAAAAAAAGUAUAAUUUAAAGAUAUAAGAUAUUAUACUUUAUUAGAUACGAAUAUAAGUAAAACUCGCAUCUUUUUUUUUGUUUUGGAAAGAAAUUGAUUUAUAACGAGAAAGAAACAAAAAAAUAGAUUUUUUUCCAUCGUUGUGGAUCAGAUCAGAAGGGAGGAAAAGCUUUUCCGUAUCGGUUAAUGUUGGAGAAAAGUCCGACGAGAUCUUGCUUGUACGAGACAGAGACUUUCUCCUUCUCCUUCCUCUUCACCGUCUUCGGCGAUUGCUUGCCGGUCGCUAUGUUAACGGAGCUUGAAUUCAGGAAUUUCAGUGACUGUUUCCCGUCGCUGUGACUUCUCUUGAGCAGAUCUCUGAUACGCCACCGUCUCGACGACCAUGACGAUGUCGAAGACGAACCAGUCGAUUUGCUCUUCCUACAGCCUCCCGGUGACAUCUCCGUUGAUCUCUCCGGCGUCCAUGGACAGUAGAUCUCGCUCGGGAUCGUGUCCAGCUCAUCUUCCUCUUCCUCAUCAUCGUCUGACGACGAUGAAUACGUCGGCUGCGGCUGAUCGUUGCGCUCUCGGAGGAACAGAUCUUUUAACGGAGUCACAACCGCUUCCUGAGAGACGUCGUCAGGUUCCACGGCGGAGGUUUCGGAGACGAGACUCUGAUCAAAAACAGGGAACACUAAUCCACCGUCGCCGGAAGAAGAAGCCAUCGUAAACUCGAAUUCGUCGUCUUCUUUCUCCUUGUAAACAUCGUCGGCGAAUUUUCGACAAACUCGUUCGGCGAUCUCGGCGGUUCGAUCGCCGGAGUAAGUGCUGAAGCUUGGUGAAAAAGACGCCGUGGAGGCACUAUAGUCAUCAUCAACCUUCUCCAUCUCUGAGAAGCUUUCUCUAUUGUGACUCUUGUCUCUCUAUCUAUCUCUACUGGGUUUUACAGUUGACAAACGAAAAGAGCGUGAGAGAGAGAGAGGUUUUCUUUAAUGGCGUUUUUUUUGUCUUCUUCUGUAAACAGCCGUAUAUAUAGGAGAAGCGGUUGGGGCACAUGGAAAUGGCAAUUUCAGUAAAUAUUAAGUAAAAGCUUUAAUGUGUGUCAUUUUUGCAUCAAAC